UUUAAUGAAGGUUUUAAUUGUUUAUUUUAGAAUAUCCAGCCGCCGUUGCAGGCCCGCAAUGAAUCUUGGGAUAUCCUCGGUUGUUAAGGAUCCAUUCGUUCUUAUCCUUAACAUCGCGGAGAAAUGAGGACGCAUUUUGAGGCUUCAUUCUAUAAGCAUCCUUUGAAUUGGGACGUCCUUACCAGCCCCAAGUCGCGUAUAUCAAAAGGAAAAAAAUGAUUAGAGACCAUGCUGAGGGAGGCUUUAAUGCUAUUGAUUUCACAACUCUCAAUCAGGUGUUUAAAAUCAACUGGGUCAAACAAUGUAUGCUUGGAGGAAAUGCUCCCUGGUUUUUCAUUCCAAAUUUAUUAUUUAAUCGAUGUGGUGGUUUAAAGCUUUUGCUAAGUUGUAAUUUUAAAUGUAAUAAGUUACCUAUCCAUUUAUCAGAUUUUCACAAGCAAGCACUGGAUUCUUGGAAACUGGCUUUUAAACACAAUUUUUCACCUCACAAAUGCAUUGUAUGGAAUAAUCAAUAUAUCCUAUAUAAAAACAGGACGGUAUUUAAUAAAGAAUGUGUAGAAAAGAAUAUAUUAUGUAUUUCAAAAUUUUUAAACACUGACGGGACUCUAAUUAGUUAUGAAAAAUUUAGUCAAGUAAACAGUAUUAAUAUUACUCAAAGAGAUUUUCUGAGAAUAAUUAAGGGUAUUCCCCUAAACUUCUACAGCUUAUCAGAUCAUCCUUACAAUACUCUCCUUUAAGGGAAGACAUUCCUCGAAUAAUGAUAAAUGGUAUUGACUUGUUAGAUAAAAAAUGCAAUAAUAUUCAUAUCAGAAAAACAUUACUCUCUAUAAGUAGUAUUUCUCCUAAAGCAGUGUCUUCAUGGAAACGGUUAUAUCCUUCUGUAUCUUUAUCUAACAUAUGGUCUAUUCAUAAUAAAUAAGUUUGUGAUACCAAAUAAAGUCAAAGAAAUCCACCUUAAAAUCCUUCAUAAUUUUUACCCCUGCAAGUUAUUUUUAUCUAAAUUUAUGGAUAUUCACCCAGAGUGCUCUUUUUGUGGUUCUGAAAAUGUGAUUCAUUUGUUUGUUAAAUGUCCCUUUACAACACCAUUUUGGAAUGAAAUUUCAAGAUUGAUUUUUACAUCCUUUAAUAAUCUUAUUGACUUCACUGAAGAAUUGGUCCUGUUUUUGUCAUGUAAUACUGGUUCUGUUCCUUUAAACAAUAUUAUUAACAUCCUGUGCUUGCUUGGAAAAGGUCAUAUUCAUAAGUGUAAAGUUACAGCCUCAAAACCUAAUUUUAUUACAUUUUGCUCAGAAUUAAAAGGUUUAACUGAAUCUCUUUGUAAAUUAAAGAAUAACCAAAAAGCAGUUAAAUCAUACCAGAUUUUAAAUAAGGUUUUGAAUUCACCUGUAAUUUGAGAUAUGAUAUUUAGAUGAACUUUCCUACCCCCUUCUUGAGUAAUCUUUAUUUAUUUUAUUAUUAUUUGUUUAUGUAUUUCAUUAUUAUUUUUUAUAACUGUAAAUCCCUCAUAAAAGAAUGUUUGUUCUUAUUACUUUAUAAUACUAUGUUAUUGUAUAAUACUAUUUGUAUGUAUAAUACAAAUGUUAAUUGUUACUGACAUAAUGGUAAAAAAAAAGCCCCAAGUCGCGCUGCUGUGACGAAAUCGGUCUUAAAAUACGUCCUUAGAAGGUCGCAGCCUUUGAAUUGGGACACAGCCAAAGUUCACUUUCUCGCGUCGCUGGACACGCCCAUACGGUCGCCAACGGUCACUUUCGCUCGUGUCGCUUGUCGUUGGCUGUCUCAAUGGGGCGUGAGAAACAUGACUGAGAACUCAAACAACACUAGUUCAGUAUAUGACUACAGUGACAGUGAUGACACCAAUACAGAAGAAAACUCUGUACAGCCAUUUCAAGUUUUUGUUGCCACCCUGUACAGCAUAGUUUUUAUCAUUGGCAUCAUUGGAAACAUCCUUGUACUGUCGAUCGUGUUCAAAUACUUCAGAUGGCGGAUUUUUAAAUUCUUUAGGACAGAAAAGUGCAUCUUUCACAUUGCUUUAGCUGACCUGCUGUUUCUAAUAUCACUGCCAUUUUGGGCCUAUGAUGCUAUGGCUGAAUGGAUCUUUGGUGGUUUCAUGUGUCGUACCGUUACAGCUUUAUACAUGCUGGGUCUCUACGCCAGUGUCUUCUUCAUGGUCCUUAUCAUAGUAAAUGAAUACUUACACUUUUUCCACCCUUUCUAUGGAAAUACAAUAACUUUAAAUAUGUCCUGCUUUGUGUGGAUACUCAGCUUUCUUGCAUGUCUACCUAAUGUGAUUUUUACCCGUGAGAUACAAGGGACCCAUCGAACAGUGUGUGUACAUGAUUUUCCAAAUCCAGCCUGGAGAUCAUUUACUUUCUUAAAUAUGAACUUACUGAGCUUCAUCAUACCUCUGAUUAUAAUUGUGUUCUGCUAUUUACGGUUCUGUGUGUCUUUAGAGCGAAUGACCUUCAGGUUUAGGAACAAAUUAAAUACAAUGCUGGCUGUGGUAGUUGUUCAUUUUCUGCUCUGGGCUCCAUACAACAUUGCAUUGUUCCUCAUCAUCUUGCAGACCAAUGGUUACCUGCAGACCUUUGAGUGGUCUGGUUUGAAUCUGGCCAUGCAGUGGGUGGAGAUUGUUGCCUACAUCCAGUGUUGCCUCAAACCUAUCAUCUAUAUACUUUUUGAACAGAAAUUUAGGACAUUUAGAGGGAUUAGUUAUUCUUCAGCAUUGACCUCAAGAUUCCCUUUACCUGCCUUAGAGGAAUCAUGGGUUUAAU